CCAAAUGAGAAUGAAUAAGAAUCUGGAUUCGUAUUUGCUUCUUGGUCAACACUUUGCCGUGCUCCUGGUGACGCACCUCCUUUGCCCCUGGGCUCUGCUCUUCCACAGGGACAGUCCUGGUAAUUUCGUUGCUGGUGGGACAACCGCUUCAAAUUCCUCGCCUCAAAUUCUUCAGGAUUCACGUUUGAGGACGGAGAUACUGCUUCUGGUGAGGAGCGUUGAUGCGAACCUGAAGAUUCUUGAUGGCGCCACACAGACUCGCAACUUUUCUCCUCCUCCUUUGCAUCUGAUGCAGUAACCUCCGGGAGAAAGACUACUUCUGGAAAUGGUUUCUGUAAAGUGUAAAGGUAGUACCUUCUUGCAAACGAGUUUGGAUUUUUGGACCGGUGGGUCCAAAUUGUUGCAUCUCUGCCGUCAAUUUUCUCCAUUUCUUGUUGCUACUGAUUCCCCCUUUGGUUUGUUCUCUUUGUGAAUGAUGUGCUUUUUGCAGUUUGUCUCGCAUCUCUUUGAUUGCUUGCUAUGGGGCUGUGAAGAGGGAGAGAGAGAGAGAGAGAGAGACUUUCUCAUGGAAGAGUCUGGGAUCGAUUUGGACCUGUUGGAUGAGUUACUAUCAGGGACGGACUUUGAUUACUCUGAUUUCCAGCAAACAAGCACCUCUACGUCCUUAGCACCAUCCAGCCCUUCCAACUUUGUGACUGUUGAUGCAGGGAGACCGGUUUUUGCUGCUGUUCAAUCUUCCACGCAAGUUGGGUUGGUAGCCGAGGGUUUUAGUUAUGAACCAGACAAGAUCUGGCAGACUCAGCCUAAUAAUUCAAUGUCUACUGUGAAACAAAGAUUGAACUAUGCUCUUAGGUACAUCAAGGAGUCGCAUAAAGACGGCGAUGUUCUUGUUCAGGUUUGGGUCCCUGUCAAGAGAAGGGGAAAACAGGUCCUCACUACCUGUGGCCAGCCUUUCUUCUUAGAUUCCAACUGCCAAAGGCUUAUCAAUUAUCGGUCGGCCUCAACUAGGUACCAGUUCUUGGCCGAUGAGGACUCUCAUCAAGCCGUGGGGUUGCCCGGCCGGGUGUUUCUGUGGAAGUUGCCCGAGUGGUCACCGGACGUCCGAUUCUUCAGCAGCUAUGAGUACCCUCGUGUGAAGGAUGCUCAGCAGUACGAUGUUCGUGGCACGAUAGCCCUGCCGGUUUUUGAGAAAGAUAAUCAAUCUUGUUUAGGGGUUGUGGAGCUAGUGAUGACCACACAAAAGGUCAAUUACAGUUCUGAUAUUGAGAAGAUUUGCAAUGCUUUUCAGGCAGUUGAUCUUAGGACUUCUGAAGUUUUUAGCGUUCCACAUUCAAAGAUGACUGGUGACUCUUACCGAGCUGCCUUAUCGGAGAUCCGGAUGGUUUUGCAGACUGCUUGCAAGACCCACAGGUUGCCAUUAGCUCAAACAUGGAUAUCAUGUCUCCAACAAGGCAAAAAGGGAAAUUGGCAUUCUGAUGAAACCUUCAUGGAUUGUAUUUCAACUGUUGAUGAUGCUUGCUAUGUGCAAGAUCCUAACAUGAAGGAGUUUCAGCAAGCGUGCUCCGAGCACCACUUGUUUAGAGGCCAAGGCAUCGUCGGUAAAGCAUUUAUGACAAAUCAGCCUUGCUUCUCGCCGAAUAUAACAGACUUUAGCAAGAUUGAAUAUCCAUUAUCGCACCAUGCUAAGUUAUUCAACUUGAGGGCUGCAGUUGCUAUUCGGCUCCGAUGUAUUCAUACUGGAGAUGUAGACUUUGUGUUGGAGUUCUUUUUACCUGUCGAUUGCAUAGGAAGUGAAGUGCAGAAAUUGAUGCUUAGUUCUUUGUCCAUCACAAUACAACAAGUGAGCAUAACGUUAAGGGUUGUGGCAACUAAAGAAUUAGAGGAGGAGACUGUGUCCAAAAAUAAUGAGAAAAAUGCCCCUUCAGUACUACUUUCUGAUAAAUCUGUUUCAGAGAUUGAUCCAAAACCACUUGUUGACGGGAUGAAAUCACAAGAAGGUUUGUCGAAAUAUCUUUUACCAACCUCAACACAAGGGAAGCCUGUGAAAAAGGAAUUUGAGAGAUUCAGAGUAACAACAACACACCCCUCAGAUGCAAUGAUGCCUACUGAAAAAGUAUUGCCGGAAUUCACUCAGCUGUUUGAUGAUUCCCACAAUGACUAUACAGUUUCUUUUUCAGCUGAAACUAGUGUUCUGAAUAUGGAAAAGGCGACGGAGAAGAGGCGCACGAAGACUGAGAAAACUGUUAAUCUGCAGGAGCUUCAGAAAUAUUUUGCUGGUAGCUUAAAGGAUGCUGCCAAGAGCCUUGGAGUGUGUCCUACUACUCUGAAAAGAAUAUGUAGGCAGCAUGGGAUUAGUCGUUGGCCUUCGCGAAAGAUCAAGAAAGUCGGUCAUUCCUUGAAGAAACUACAAGUGGUGUUAGAUUCUGUCCAUGGUCCUGCAGGAGGCAUUCAGUUCACUUCCCUGUAUGAGAACUUCAUUAAAACCACUUGGUCAGAUAAUAACCUAACAGUGGAGAACAUAUUUUCCCCCUCCAAGCAACAUGAUCACCCCGAGGCCUCGAACGUGAACGAAGUGGUAGAAGGUCGAUUCACUUCACGCACCUCGGGGUCGAAUUCUCUUUCCUCAUCUUCGUGCAGUCAAAAUUCUAGUUCAAGUCAGGGUUGUUCCAUUGAACAAAAGCAGUGCACGCAUGAUGAUCAUGAACUUGCAUUUGUAGAAGAUACUUUAAGGGACAAGAAUCAGAGUGGCAUCCACAAGGAGGCUCAAAGCCACAUAGAACUGCAUCUCCCAACUGAACAAGCACCGGACUCUGUGGCUAGAACUGAAAGUCAGGAGUUACAAAUUGAUCAUCAUUCUUCAGGAAAUAAGUCCCUUUGGCCAUUUCAUCGACGCGAUUUGUUAAAGGUCAAAGCAAUUUGUGGGGAAGAGAAAGUGAUAUUCAGAUUACAUCCUGCUUGGGGUUUCCUAGAUUUAAAGCAAGAGAUAAUGCGGCGGUUCGGUAUAGCUGAUGCAACAUCAGUGGAUAUCAAAUACCUUGAUGAUGACUCUGAAUGGAUACUAAUAACAUGCGAUGAUGACCUUAAGGAGUGCAUUGAUGUGUACAAACUUACAAAUGCUCAUACCAUCAAACUUUCUGCUCAUCAUGUCGCCCAAUCAGCCACCAGAUCAUCAUGGGGAAGCUCAGUGCUUUCUUGAUCUUUGAAGGUUGGCCUCUCCGAACAGAAGAAUAGGAGAUGGUGUCUCUGAACCCUUCAUUGGUUCCUCCAAAGAAAGGUGGAAUAUAAGAUUCUUUCCAUGAGCUAGCUUAUGGUGGCUCUAAGCAUUUCGUGGCUACGAAACUGGUUUCGGAAAUGAUUGUUCCUACUCCAGCCAUCUUGAAACUAAACUUCGUGUAGUUUAGUUGUAAAGGUUUUUGAUUAUUCUUGUGUCUACCAGAAUUGCUAAUGCGCCAACACACUUCACACCAAAUUUGGAGUUUGUAAUCAUGUAUAGUUUUGCAAAGUUUGGUAUAUGCCACACUUUCUAGGCACGUCCAAUGACUUUCUUCUGUUUUAACAUUUGGAUUUCUAGGUUUGUGUACAGAAGUACUUCCAGUUUGGCUUUAUUUUGAAAUUUCCAAUAUUUCAAUUUACAUGA